AAAUCUCUUCCAAUAAAGAUUUUAAUUGGAGUAUAUGAUACUUCAACUGUCUCAUUCUCUACCCAUUUUACGUAAGUACCUUUUGAUUUUUUAGGUUUGGUCCUGAAUUCAUGUCGCCAUCGUGCACGAUGAAUCGAUGAGAUUCGUCGGGUUGCCCUGUCGAGGACCGUAUUGCAAUGCUUAUGCCCAUACGAGCCCGGUUCUUCAAACCCAGACUUGGUUCUGUCGGGAUUUCUUCGAUUUUGUCUGUUUCUUCUUCUUCAACGAGCUUCAUCGAUCGCCACAUUGACUCAUUUCUAUGCGAUCGAAGUUCAAUUGCUACGACGACGUUAGAGUUUCUGAUUAAACACCAUGCUCUAAUCGUUACCAACGGUAACUCCGACAAUAUCUUUAUAGCGUCCAAGUUGAUAUCCUCUUACGCUUCGCUGGGGAAACCCCAUGUUUCAUUUCGAGUCUUCGAUUCCGUUAGCCGGAGAGAUGGGUUUCUAUGGAACUCCAUCAUCAAAGCCUACUUCUCUAAUGGAGAUUAUUCCCGAGCCGUCGGUCUAUUCUUCUCCAUGCGGUUAUCUAGGGAGUCACCUGAUCACUUCACGGUCCCGAUGGUUGUUUCGUCCUGCGCGGAGCUUUUAUGGGAGGAUAUCGGGAAUUACGUUCAUGGGUUGGUCUUAAAAUGCGGGAUUUUUGAAGGAAACACUGCGAUUGGAUCUUCCUUCGUGCAUUUCUAUGCCAAGUGUGGUCGUCUAGAAGCCGCCUCUCUUAUGUUCGACGAAAUGCCUGAGAGAGACGUGGUUGCUUGGACCGCGAUCAUAUCUGGGCAUGUGCAGAAUGACGAGAGCGAGAAGGGUCUGGAAUAUCUUUGCGAAAUGCACAGGAAUUGUACUGAUGCUGAAAAGCCGAAUUCUCGAACGUUAGAGCGCGGUUUCCAGGCUUGUGCAAAUUUGGGUGCUUUAACGGAAGGAAGGUGUCUGCACAGCUUAGUGGCGAAAAAUGGUUUAUCUUCUUCUCAAAUGGUUCAGUCUUCGUUUUUUUCCUUGUAUGCAAAAUGUGGGAGUCCAGUUGAAGCUUAUCUCUCUUUCCACGAAUUGGGCGAUCGAGAUAUGUUUUCAUGGACAUCAGUUAUAUCUUCACUCGCAAGAUCCGGGAACAUGAAAGGAAGUUUUGAUCUGUUCUGGGAAAUGCAGACAAACGGAAUACAGCCGGAUGAGAUUGUCAUUAGUUGUUUGAUUAAUGAGCUUGGUAAUAAGAUGCUCGUGUCCCAGGGAAAAGCCUUUCACGGAUUGAUUAUAAGGCACUGUUAUCCUUUGGAUGCCACAGUGAGCAAUGCAUUUUUGUCUGCUUACUGCAAAUUUGAGCUUUUGUCUAUGGCUGAGAAGCUUUUCCGAGGGAUACCGGAAGGUAAUAAAGAUGCUUGGAAUUUAAUGGUUAAAGGCUACGGUAAAAUGAAAUGUGACGUGAAGUGUGUCGAGCUAUUUAGACAGAUGCAGAAUCUUGGAAUUGAAGCUGACUAUACUAGCUUGGCCUCGGUCAUAUCUUCAUGUUCCCGCAUAGGAGCAGAGCAUGUUGGCAAGUCGUUACAUUGCUAUGUCGUCAAAAGUCACUUGGAUCGUAACAUUUCAGUUGUCAAUUCUCUUAUAGAUUUGUAUGGAAAGACGGGUGACUUGACCGUUGCCUGGAGGAUGUUUCGGGAAACAGAGAAGAAUAUUAUCACUUGGAACACGAUGAUUGCAUCGUAUGUUCAUUGUGACCAAUCUGACAAAGCAAUUGCAUUGUUUGAUAGAAUGAUUUCGGAAAAUUUGAAGCCAACCUCAGCAACUUUGGUGACUGUACUUACGGCUUGUGCCAAUCUGGGAUCUCUGGAGACAGGGCAAAGGAUUCAUAUGUACAUCACAGAAGGUGGGUAUGAGGUGAAUCUAUCUCUUGCAACUGCACUGGUUGGCAUGUAUGCAAAAUGUGGGCAGCUCGAGAAAUCCCGAGAACUGUUUGAUUCCGUGAGGGAUAAGGAUGCAGUUUGUUGGAAUGUGAUGAUAUCGGGAUAUGGACUGCAUGGACAUGUGGAAUCGGCAAUAGAGCUCUUCCAUCGAAUGGAGGAAUCCAAGGUUGAGCCAAAUGGUCUUACUUAUCUUGCUCUUCUCUCGGCUUGUAAGCAUUCUGGCUUUGCUGAAGAAGGCAAGUACCUCUUCCAGAAGAUGCAUCAUCACAAUUUGAAACCCAGCUUGAAGCAUUACGCAUGUAUGGUGGAUCUUCUUGCCCGUUCUGGAGAUUUUCAUGAUGCUGAAGCCAUGGUAAUGUCGAUGUCCAUCUCACCGGACCAUGUUAUAUGGGGAAACUUGUUAAGCAUUUGUCUGACACAUAACGAGUUCGAGAUGGGGAUACGAAUGGCACAACAUGCAAUUGAAAGCGACCCGCAUAACGAUGGGUACCAUAUAACGCUAGCCAACAUGUACAGCGCCGCUGGUAACUGGGAACUUGCAGAAAGGGCACGAAAGGUUAUGAAGGAGCUAGGAGUUGAGAAGAGAGCUGGUCACAGCUCUGUUUCUGGGGCUUUUCCUUCAUCCUUCUCAGUGUCUGAUUCUUCAGGUUGAUCCAGAAAGC